UUGUGACUUGAGGCUGGUUUGGGGCACUUUGGGGCUGGGUUUUGGCCACCUGUGGCUGGUUCGGGGCGGGAUUUUGUGUUUUGGGGCUGGCUUUGGGUGGUUUGCAGUGGCCCUUGUGAUCAGAGGCUGAUUUGUGGCAGGUGUGGGGCUGGUUUAGGGCCCAGUUCUGGGGCUUUGGGGGUGGAUUUAAGGGAUUCCCGGCGGGGUUUGUGCCCCUUGGCUGGAAUGUGAGGCUGGAUUUGACCAUUCCCGCCUGGACAUGGGGGCUGUCCCGCUCUGGUCACCUCUGGCAGGCCACGACAUUAAUGGAGCUCUGGAGCCAUCCAACAUCGACACCAGCAUCCUGGAGGAAUACAUCAGCAAGGAGGACUCUCCGGAGAUCUGCUUCCCUGACAUUCCCGCUCCAUCCGGCUACGCGCACUCCCAGCCCUCCGGCUCCGCCAGCAUCACUCCCUCCAGCUCCAUCAGCAGCGCUCCCAAUCCCUCUCCCAGCGCUGCCCUGCACCUUCCCCCCGGCAGCAGCCAGCUCCCGAUCCGGCAUGGUGCUCUGCUGGCCAAUCCCUGCGGAUCCGGCUACGGAGCUCACCUCAACUGCAACAACAACAACGGGCUGGGGGUGCCCAAGGGCUUCCUGGGCGGGCACUGCCUGAGCAGCGGGGGCCCUCCCAUCAAAACGGAGCCCAAGGCUCCCUACGCACCUGGCACUUUGCCGGACUCUCCCCCGGAUUCCGGAUCCGAAGCCUAUUCCCCUCAGCAGGUGAACGAUCCUCACCUCCUCCGGACCAUGACUCCCGAAAACAUGUGCCACAUGACUCCCCCUUCCCGCCUGGAGCAUCCUCCUCCUCCUCCUCCUCCCCCUCCGCCCCCCCACCUGCAGGGUCCCCCCCCGCCUCCGCCACCCCCUCACCCCCUCCAGCCACAGCACAGUUCCCACUUUCCCGGCCUCCAGCGGGACAUGUUCCUGAAGGCCGAGCCCCUGAUGCCUCCGUACGGGAUCGGGCCGGGAAUGGCGCCGGCCGAGCUCCACCACGCCCAGCAAUCCCAGAUGCUGCACCAGCUCCUCCAGCAGCACGGAGCAGAGCUCCCGGUGCAUCCCGCCAAGAAGCGGAAACACUCCGAGUCCCCCCCCAACACCCUCAACGCCCAGAUGCUCAACGGGAUGAUCAAGCAGGAGCCGGGAAUGGGAUCGGUGCCGCUCAAUCCCGACCGAGUCCAGACUCCUCCCUGGCACCAGCCGGGUGCUCUCUCACCAGGGCUGAUCCAGGAUAACGACAGUCUGAACGGAUCCUACCUGGAUCCCAACUUCCAGUCCAUCAAGUGGCAGCCACACCAGCAGAACAAGUGGGCAACUCUCUAUGAUGCCAACUACAAGGAGCUCCCGAUGCUCACGUACCGCGUGGACGCCGACAAGGGAUUCAACUUCUCCGUGGGGGACGACGCCUUCGUGUGCCAGAAGAAGAACCACUUCCAGGUCACGGUGUACAUCGGGAUGCUGGGAGACCCCAAGUACGUGAAGACCCCCGAGGGCCUGAAACCCUUGGAAUGCUUCUACCUGAAGCUGCACGGAGUGAAGCUCGAGGCCUUGAACCAAUCCAUCAACAUCGAGCAGUCGCAGUCGGAUCGCAGCAAACGGCCCUUCAACCCCGUCACGGUCAACCUGCCCCCGGAGCAGGUCACCAAGGUCACCGUGGGGCGGCUGCACUUCAGCGAGACCACGGCCAACAACAUGCGGAAAAAGGGCAAACCCAACCCGGACCAGAGGUACUUCAUGCUGGUGGUGGCCCUGCAGGCACAUGCCCAGAACCAGAACUACACGCUGGCCGCCCACAUUUCCGAGCGGAUCAUCGUCCGGGCUUCCAACCCGGGCCAGUUUGAGAGUGACAGUGACGUGCUGUGGCAGCGGGCGCAGCUCCCGGACACCGUGUUCCACCACGGCCGCGUCGGCAUCAACACCGACCGCCCGGACGAGGCCCUGGUGGUCCAUGGCAACGUGAAGGUCAUGGGCUCCCUGAUGCACCCCUCGGAUGUCCGGGUGAAGGAGGACAUCCAGGAGGUGGACACCACGGAGCAGCUGAAGCGGAUCUCCCAGAUGCGACUGGUGCACUACAACUACAAACCAGAGUUUGCAGCCACGGUGGGGAUGGACAACACCUCUGAGACAGGUGUCAUCGCUCAGGAGGUGAAGGAAAUCCUCCCGGAAGCUGUGAAGGACACCGGGGACCUGGUCUUUUCCAAUGGGAAGACCCUGGAGAACUUCCUGGUGGUGAACAAGGAGCGGAUCUUCAUGGAGAACGUGGGGGCCGUGAAGGAGCUGUGCAAGCUGACGGACAACCUGGAGACCCGCAUCGACGAGCUGGAGAGGUGGAGCCACAAGCUGGCCAAGCUCAAGAGACUGGACAGCAUGAAGUCCACCGUGAGCUCCGGAGCCUUCAGCCAAACAGGGAGCCAGUUCAGCCGGGCGGGAAGUGUCCCCCACAAAAAGAGACCCCACAAAGUGGCCACCAAGUCUCCGUCGGUUGUCCCGGAACAGGCCUGUAUCAGCCAGCGCUUCCUGCAGGGCACCAUCAUUGCCCUGGUCAUCAUCAUGGCAUUCAGCGUUGUGUCCAUGUCCACUCUCUACGUGCUGAGCCUGCGCAGUGAGGAGGAUCUCGUGGAUAUCGACGGCUCCUUUGCUGUGCCCACUGCCUGUCUCCUGGCCCUCUUCCGGCACGGGGGUCCCGGAAUUCCGGUCGCUCUGUGUCCACGGUCAAGCCAGAACAUUGAUAAGACCCAGACGGUGCGAUCCACGGCCAUAUCCGAUGGAGCCGGCAGCAGGAGCCCCCCGGAGCACGUCCCGGAGGACACAGCUGGAGUAUCCCUGGGCUCUCCUGCUCCCAGUGUCCUGGCCUGUUUCAGCCCUCCGUGUUUCUCCGUGUGCUGCUCCGCUGUUCCCACCGGCGUCUCCUCCGUGGUCCCCUCGGACACCAGCCCCACUCACGGCACCAACAGGACAGACCAAAGCCAGACCUCCCUCCUUCCAGCGACAAACAUCAAAGCCAAAUCCAGGGGCAUCACCGGGAAAUCCUCCUCCUACUCCAAGUGGCCAAAGACUCCUGACAGGUCUCAGAGCUUCGGCAGCCCCAAUGCCAGCCCCUCCUCCCCCUUCUCCCACAUCCAGGGCAAAUCCAAGUACAUCUCCAACCUCUCGCUCUCCCGCAGCAGCUCCCGGCAGCGGCGCAGCCUCCGGCAGCCGGUGAGCGAGCGGCUCCGCACGGAGCACCCCGGCACCGAUGGGCCAAGCCCAGUGCUGGAAUCCAUCCGGAUCCUGGAGAUCAACCUGGCCAUCCACUCCCAGUACUGCGCCGCUUCCAACGCCUGCAGGACUGGAAACUUCAGCUUCCGCAUCCCUGUGAACCAGCGGACGGCCGUGGACACCAACCUGACCCUGGAGAUGAACUCCUCCUCCGCUGUGUCCAUCUCCCUUUGUGGCCUUGUCUCCAGUGAUCCCUGCCAGGAUGCUGUGAGCAGGAACAGCUCCAUGGAUACCAUGGAUGCACAGGACACCACGCACCGCUGGCCUCUGGUGAUGAUGUCUUUCCAGGAGUUUUCCUACCACUUCCGAGUGGCUCAGCCGGGCCAGGCCGACUGCGGCACUUCCCCGGAGCAGCUGGGCCAGCUCUUCACUGACUAUUACUUCCAGUUUUACUGGCUCUGCGAGUGAUUCCCGGGAGCACCAGUGCCCUCUGCUUGGAGACAGGAGGGGGACUGGUGCCACUGGGGAGCCUCCCGAAUUCCCCAGCCCCGCCUCAUCCCCGUGUCCUGCGGCAGCUCCGGAGCUGGAAUGCUGGUGGCUGGUGGUGCUGAGCACACCCAGGACCCAAAACCCACCACCAGCCCCGGGGUGGCUCCAGGGGUGACCUCACACCCGUUCCCACCAUCCCACCUCCCUCUCCUUUCCCUCCUGGAGACCCCUGUGUCCUCCAUCGCUUCUCCCUCCCCUUCCAACGCUGGAUUGGGAAGCAUCACGCCGGACUGAAGGCCACAUCCCAAAGGGAUGCUCCUUCCUCGGAUCUCCUGGUGCUCCCGGGUGUCCCACGUCAGUUCUUCACAACACUGGAAUUGCUUCAACACUGGAGCCCUUUCCGAGGGGUUUGGCCUUUGGAAAGGAGGGCUGUGCCUGGACAUACUGGAAGUCAUACACUGGAGUUGCUGUUCCUUCUAGUUGGCCCAGGGCCACUUCUCACAGACCCCCUGGAGCCCCCCGGACUUGCCAAUGGACACGUUCCCCUGGGAACAACCCGAGAAGGAGCAGCUUCCACAUCAUUCCCCCUCCUCUCUGUGCUCUUAAAUCCCACCAGAUCCAGGUCUGGAUGGAUAAAACUCCCACUAAAGCCGCUGCUGAGGCCACACCACGCGUGGGGGCACUUGGCAUCAACCCAGGGGUGACAGAUGACCAGGAUUCUCCCACACUGAGUGUUGUGGGAUCUGUUUUUAUCCAUCUGGGAGCAGCGUAUGGAGCUGCCUGGUCGGCUCUCAAGCCAACACCAACCCCUGCCCAGAUGUGCAGGACAGAGACUGCUGGAAAAUCCUGGAGCGCCCUGCAGAGCAAGGCUGAGUCCCUGGGAAUGUGAGGAUCUGUGCCAGGGCGGGACCUCUGCCUCGGGAGAGGGCGGUGGUCUCCCAAAAAGUGGGAAUGGCAGUGGCUCCGAGCUGUCCCUGCCCUCCCAGAGCACUUGUGUUGGGGUAUUUUGGGAUAUGUUACUGUUACAAGUCCUUAACUUGCUAAACUACUGAGUUCUUUGGGGUUUUAAGCCGUAAAAAAAAAUGGGAAUUUCAUCCUGCCCCACCGAGCCACGUGGGAAAGCCAAGUGGCUCCGUGUGUAUCCCCCUCCCCAUCCCGCUCCGGCUCCUCGUGCUAAAAAGGAGUUAUCUGCAUUCCUGGAGGCUCAGCCACUUCCAGGUUAUUCCAAGAUGGAUUUCCCUAAGGAAAACAGUGAGGGGGAAAUGCCACACGCUGGUCCUGUGGAUGCUUGGGAGCUGCUCUGGAAAAACAGGAUGUUUUUUAUCCAGGUAAAGUGAUGGUUCCUGUGGAUGUCUGGGUUUGUCUCUUGGCAUCCACCUCCUGAGCUUAUCCCAGCACAGCAGCCCUAAAAUUCCUUGUUGGAGUCGGUGGUUUCCAGGUCAGGGCUUUAGGCCUGGAAGCAGCAAAUAGUGGGUGAGCAGGGAAUUCCGAGCAGCCAAGCAGUCGGAAAACCCAAUUUUGGGAAGCUCAGUGGGACAACAAGACACCCCAAGGCUUGGGAAUACCUGAGCAAAAGGAGGUCGGCUCCGUGCUCAGCAGGAUUCUCUGUUUCCCCCUCAAAUCCUGAAGGAAACACCUGGAUGUAGCUCAGUGCUCCUCCCUCCGCCUGCCCCGGGGGGUUUUUCCCGGCUUUAAGCUGGAAAGUGAAUUCCCUGGCAGGUUUACUGUCCCCUUGGCAAUCAACGGCCCAGGCUGGCACGUCCUUCCUCAGGUGAGUGAUGCCGGGCUGGGAGAAAUGCCCCUUGGAAGAGGAAACAGGGAAUGUUGGGAGGGCCAGAGCCUGCAAUCACCCCCUCAGAUCCCCUCCACCUCAUCCAAGACUUCCCAGCACAUCCCAGCCCGCUCCUGAGGGAAGGAAUCAAUCAGUGGUGGCCCAGGAGGAGUUGGGAUCUCUCAGGUGUCCCCACGAUGCUCAUCCAUGGGAUUUAGUGGGAUUCCCAGGAAACCAAGUGCCUGAGGGCUUGGAAACAUCUCUGGUGCCUUUUCCCUUGUGGAACAACCCCAGGGAACAGUGUUUUCCCACGUAUUUGUCAAAUGCUGCCUCAAAAACUGUGGCUUAACCGGGAUGAGGCACCUCCUGGAGUGGCAAGGCCAGCCCUGCCCACACGGAGCCGGGAGCAAUCCCCGGGAUCGGGAGAGGACAGGGAUUCGGGGUGGAGCUUUUAGUGGCAAUGGGAUCCUGUGUCUGAAGUGGCACAGGUUUCCCAGAGGAGCUGUGGAUGCCCCAUCCCUGGCAGUGUUCAAAUCCAGGUUGGAGCAACCUGGGCUAGUGGAAGGUGUCCCUACCCGUGGAACUGGUCGGGCUUUAAGGCCCCUUCCCACCCAAACCGUUCCAGGAUUCCAUGUUAAAAAUCAUCAGCCGCUGCCCAGUGAGGCAGAAAUGGGGUUUAUAGUUAUAAAAUUAAAAUCAAGGAGUCAUGGAAUUGCUUCUAGGCCCGUGGAAACAGCUGUUUGUAUGGAUUUCUCCCCCAAACCCACACCUGCCCCUUCCCUGUCCCCAGUCAGUCCCAAGAGAGUUCACAAUCAGGCCUUUCCCUGCGUGGGACGGAGGGAAUUCUGAGCUUGGAGAAAUCCCUCUUUAUCCAGAGACAUUCCUGGCAGGAAGGAAGACAAAGGGGUGGAAACUUGGGCUGUUUGGGAAUUUGUUUCAAAAGCAAAUUCCCAACUCUUCUGUCCUGCUGUUGGAGCUUAAAGCCUGUAAAUAGAGACUAUGGCACCACUGGAAGACUUAAGGAAAAAACCACCAAGUAAAGCACUAAUUUGUUGGUUUAAAUGUUGCUGCCACAGCUUUAAUCACUGUAUUUUGCCAGCCAGUUUGUAGAGUUGCAUUUGUAGCAGGUUAUUCUUGAUUCCUGGUUUUUAUUUGUGGGGAACAAACGUUGGUUUCCCUCUUUUCUUCCUGAUUUAUAUUUAUAUUUUGCUGAAUUUGGAGGGGCUGAGUCUCUGGAUUCCCCCCCCCCCUUUUUUUUGUUUUGUUUUGUUUUGUUUUGUUUGGCUUAUUUAGUCUUUGUUUUCUGCUGGAGGUAAAUGUGCCCAUAUGAAUAAAAUAUAUAAAUACUGCUUUGUAUCCAA